UUGCUCGUUUAGUUUCACUCAGUAGUUUAGUUCAAAAUUGACAAAAUACUUAAUCUACUUUAACAAAAAUGAUGUGCGAUGUUGGCUUACCUUGUGAUUAUGAUCCAUGCUCUUGCCCCAAGCCGCCUCCUGUGCCGGGACGCAAGUUCACCACAUUGUUGCUUCACUGUUGGCAGCGUGAGUACGACAAGCGGCCUUAUAAGAAUUUUCAAUUUCGUCGCUUAGACUUUGAGGAGCGUAUGAAUCGAAAAUAUCAUUGCCUACGUGAUUUUCGUGUUAUUGUGAGAUAUCUAACAGAAUGUCAUAAAAUGCAUUCGGUAUCCAUUUCGAGUAUUGUGAUAAGCAAUUGGGAAACCAGAAUCAUGAGGGAAUUCGUUCGUGCACUUCGAAAAGUAAUGCAGAUUGAGUUGAAACUUAUGAAAUUGCCAUAUGAAUUCUUUGUGAUGAUGCGUCUAAGUGCUUCGGUAUGGAAAGUGACGCAUCUGAGUCUGGAGGGCACACCUUUAUCCGAUUUGGAUGUCAGUAUGCUGCGUGAAUUUCUGCUGGCCAGUGAAACAUUGCUCUCCCUCAAUGUGAAUCAUUGCGGUUUGACUCAAUAUAAUUUUUGUCUGAUUGCCGAUGGAGUCUACAAAUCAAAGACAGUGAAUUGUCUGAAUGCCAGCCGUCUGUUGGGUCUUCAGCUUAGUUUGGAUACCGAGAAAAUGGUCUCAAUUAUCGGCUCACUAUUAAUGCAAAAUGGCCUUGUGGAGCUGACCAUGCAGCAAUGUGAGUUUAGUGCCCAGGACAUGGAGGUCAUUGGCGAGUAUUUGGGCUCUAAGCAAAGCGUCUUGCGUAAACUCAAUUUGGCCAGCAAUCACAUUGCAGCGGACGGUGCUCUCUAUUUAAUGCGAAACCUUGCCCACGGUGUCCGUUUGGAGCAUUUGGAUAUUAGCUGCAAUUCCAUUGGCACACAUGGCGGUGAAUGGAUAGCCAAGUAUUUGAGUUCCUGUCGCUUGCUUCAGCAUUUGUAUAUCAAUUAUAAUGAAAUCGGGGCGGAGGCCAUUAACCUCAUACUCCUCACUCUAAAGAAGCCCUGCAAAAUGAAGCGUUUGAAUAUUUAUGGAAAUCACUUUGAUGCACGCACGGCCAUGAUUUUGAGACGUUUGCUCGACUCCGAAGUGGUUUUGCAUGAGGAAAUUGAUGUUAGUUAUACCUUUGAUGAAGAUCUCAAUGACUAUCGUGUAGUGCCUUGGCGUUAGUUCCAGUUAAUUAACUAAGCUUACAUUUUGUUUUGAAAGAAUUUUAGUGUUCUAACCCAACACACCAAGUAAAGGUUACUAAUAAGCCAAAAACCAUUUAGUCGUUGUAAUAUUUACUAAAAUAAACUUAGUUCAAGGCCUUUA